AAAGUAUUGCACACAGUUGUAUUGGAAACACAGCUAAUGUGGUUGUUUUCUCAAUGUGUUUUUUUGUUUGGUUAUUGGUCGCAGCAGCAAUAUUUUCAGAUAUCGGCCCAAAUGUUCACAUCUGUGCAUCCCCAGAUAUUUAAAUUUGAAUUAUGUAUUGAUAAAAUAUGAUGCUUGCUCAGAUCAAAACAAACAUGGUCAAAAAAUACCUUAAGUCAUCAUUUGUUGAAGCUGGUUAAGCUUAGCCAAGAUUAUUGGCAGUAUGAAACAUUUUGUGGCAAGCAGCUUCAUUCCAUUCCUGACUUUUUAGAUCAAGAAAGAUUAAACAACAAAAAUGGGAUUAAGGACCUCAAACUUGUAAAUUAACAAAUAGUCAAUUAAUUCAAUUGUCAAUUUACGUGGAGGGAGAUGGCGAGUCAUAUCUUUCAUUUUAGCAAUAGCUGUUAAUUACAUCACCAGUUACCUAAUAUAAAGACAUGAACCAAAUACAGCUCCAUGUCAAAGAGCUCUGCCGGUGUUUAACGUGGCACAUCUCGCGUGCAGUUCACGUUCGUACGACACAAAAGAAUACAUCAGAAUAUAACUUACCAGCGCCAUUUGUGGGCAUUGCUAUCCUCUACAACAGCGCCCCCCGUGGCUAGGUGUCUCCCCCUCCCAACUACAGUACAAUCAAACUGACGUCGAAGGGUUCUGGCCAACAGGCCACGCCCAUACGGCAAGCUUCGACAUCCCAUCCUGAAUAUCUUCAAUAUACACACAAACACACUUGUUAUCAAAAUAUAUGAUUCUUUAACAUGCAGUAUGAUUUGCAAGCAGCUAUGCGGUCUUCUUGGUUCCAUCCUUCACGGUCCAUUUGUCCGGUUGGGGUCUGUAAGGGAGAUAACAAGAGUCGAGGCAAAUAACUCCCCCGCCCCGUGUGUGUUACCAUGCUCCUAAUCUCCAUCUGCGGCCGCCAUGACGGGAUGACGGUGUUUAAACCCGGCGCAAACAACAUGGCGGAGGCUAAACAUAAGACUCGGACAAUAUAUUAAAUGCAGAACAGACCGAGGAGAUGUCCACAUCUCAAAGACGGAGACUAUUAAAUUAACUGUGUUCACACAACCUACUGUUAAAAGAACUGUUGAAUGUCAAACCACGGAAACAAUAAAGAAAGCACUAUAAUAUGAACAAAUAACCCGUUACAAUCCAGAUGAGUGAUGCUUCCGUCGCAAUUUCUUUAAGCUUUACUUCUGUUCACAGAAGAAAACAUGGAUCCAGAUGCCUGCUGGUACUGAUCUGAGAGAGCUCACCCUCGAGCCUCGAGUAGCUAGUGACAUGUGAACCCCGAGAGGAAGGCGUCAGAAGGAGAGCAGAACCGCCCUAGGGUCUCUUCCUGUGUGUAUCCAGCGUCAAAUCCUGUACUUCUCCGUUGUUUGCCUAGCACGAACACGUUUCACGCAGGUGGCUUUUGUAAGAUGGCGUCUGAGUCUGCGCAGUUCCGGAAGAAGAGGACGGUGAUGUUGGUGACGUAACAAAAAAAAAAAGCGUGUUAUGUUUUUUUUUUUUGAACAGUGAAUGGUCCUCAUGUGCACGCCAGACCGAUGGAGUUAUCGACGACACGGACGGAUUUGAUGUGGCAUCAGGACACACUCCGUGUGUUCCUAUAGGCAGAAGGAUGCCAUCUUGAAAUAUUAUGCCGAGAAGUGGGAUCCUUCAGGGGUCGGUCCAUGGCCUCUUCGAAGACUCGUCAAGGUAUGGUGAUCCUGAAGGAAGGGGCGACUGCCCCUACAGCAGCUCCAACGGCUGAUCAUUCAUCUGCAUGCCUUGUGGCUGUGAGAGCAGGAAAGGUGCAAAACAGUGGGAUUGUCCAGGGCAUCUGUGUGUCUACUGGUGAAGCAAAUAUUAGUGGGAAACACAAGAUGUACCCAGCCAAGGAGGCCAUCAUAAAGAUGGGUGAACUCAAGCAUCCCACCUGUAUAAACUCUCCUUCUGAUGUCCUGUCAUCUGACUGCAUCUGUAAAGAUGUCAAAGUGACACUAGACAACAACGGCAUGUGGAAUGAGUUCUAUAAAUGUAGAACAGAAAUGAUUCUGACCAAGCAAGGCAGCAGAAUGUUCCCUUACUGUCGCUUCCGUGUCACUGGCUUGCAGUCAUCGAGGAAGUACUCGCUGGUCAUGGACAUUGAGCCUGUAGACAACAGUCAGUACAGGUGGACGGGUGAGAGCUGGCAAGUUUGCCGAAAAGCAGAGCGUCACGUGAGGAGUAAGCCUUUCGUUCAUCCAGACUCCCCAGCAACAGGUCAGCACUGGAUGCAGAGUCCAGUGUCCUUUUACAGACUGAAACUCACAAACGACACCUCAGACCAGGAGGGGAACAUUAUCCUGCAUCCGAUGCACCGUUAUUUACCGCAACUGCAUAUGGUCCAGGCAGACAAAGCCAUAGAAGACUUUAGACUGAACGGUCCCAAUGUUCUCACUUUCACUUUCCCCCAGACUGAAUUUAUAACAGUCACCACAUACCAAAACCCCCAGUUUACCCAACUGAAGGUGAACUACAACCCGUUUGUUAAAAAACUGAAGGAGGACCGGGUCAAUACAUGUGGCUUAAGACUCAAAGGAAACGCGGGCAAAGAUUCGAACAGUUAUGAAGGUAAGACGAACACUGAGCAGCAUCCCGUGAAGAAGAGCUUAAAGAUUUUGCUAGCAAACCACAAACCCAGAAAUUUAAAAGCAUUGGACGUGAAACUUCCACCUUCAAAAGAGCCUCAGGAAAAAUCCACAACGAGCAACACCCAGCCAGCCGCCACCACUCCAGUGGAAAGUCCCAGCAGCAGUUCACGUCCAGUUCCGAAGUUAAUUUCUGAGCUAAUUUGUGAGGCUCAUGUCUCACUGCAGAGAUGUCACAAAGAGCAACGUGGCAGCAACCACAGCAACUCCUCCGGAGCAGCACAAGGCAACACUACGUCCACAACUUUGACAGACAGACUGACUAAACAGGAUAUUGCUCAUAAGAAAAACGGAUCUGUCACUACAUUCACCAGGAAAAGUUCAACUGUUGAAAAAUCCAGAAAUAUCAAAGACAAUGAACAUCUGUCUAACUCUAUUGCCGAUGUCAGAACAGUCUGCUCCUCUGCUGCUCCUAUAGAAGAGGACGGCUCCUUGAACAAAUCACACCAACAAUGUAACGUAGGUGCCGAGUCGGAUGGUGUGAAGCAACAGAAACGACCAGCUCGACUGCCCCUACCAGCACUAGCACUUUUUUUAAAGCAACAUUCAACAAAAUCUAAGAAGGCAAACAACACACCGGAGUCUGCUCCUCAAGCACCUCUGCCUGAGUCCUGUGGUUCUCCGAGUCCUGCCGUAGCGCCUCAUCAGGAAACCAGCGUCAAACCCGUCAUGGAGGACUGUGGAGGAAACCAUCUUCUGCCAGAUGAAAAGCUUUUAAAUGUUACUGAACAGGCAGCUGAAACGAAUCCCUCCCGCCCAUCCGGUCCAGACCUUUUCACUGCUUUAGAUGCAGCCGUUCCAGAUACAAAAGCUAAAGAUCCCUUCAUCACUAUUUCUGAAUGUUUAAGCUCAGAGUCGACAGUCCUUGACCAUAAAGCUUCGAUAUCCAACUCUGAGAAUACAUUUGACUCGCUUGAGAUGUCUGCACUCACCCUGUCCUCAUCUUCUACCUCUGGAUCACCUGAUUUGUCCUUGCAUCUCAGUACAGCGUUGUCUCUCCCGGACUCCCCCAAAGCAGCAGCAGAGUCCUCCACACUAACUUCAGGCUCCCGCUCCUUGAAGAUCGACUCUUUGCUUCCAGACCCUCAGUGUUCCUCGUUCGACUUUGACCCUUUGUCACCAGCGAGCUCCCCAGAACCUUUACCUCCUCUUCCAGCCUCAUUAGCUUUAGAACUUGACUCUGCAACAUCUGCUGCAGCGAGUACUCCGGACCCUCAACACUGCAGAAACUCAUCAGUCUUUAAGUGGCAUACAGUGUUACCUCUGUCUGGGACAUAUGCAAACCCAUCUUUCACAACAUUACAGCCCCAGCAGCAGUCGACUCCUGUAAUGUCAAUCACUUCGCCUUUGUUGUCCUGCCUUCCUGAGCCACAGAGUGUUAUAUCUUCGACGCAGACCACUCCAAAAGACUCCAUUCCAUCAUUUCAAGACAGCGAACAGUCUCUGCCUUUCCCCACAGAGCUGUCUCCCCUUGCUCUCCAGCUCCCACUGUCUCCAACCUUCUCUUCACUGGACGAAGACGGCUUGUCGCCCACAACUUCCCUCGCAGAACUGGUGCACUUUUUCUCCACCGACGACGACAUCGGGGUAGAGUUUUCCAAUACGGACACUGCGGCCGUGACCAGCCAACCUUUGCCAGUUUCGGAACCGGCGCGGCCAUCUGUGCCGGUCCUGCCAGUCUCAAGCACCAAGCCCUGCAAGAGAAAGAAGUCAAUGAAGCUGGCCAGGUUGGAGGUGGGUCAGACUGGGAACGAGUACAGGAGUAAGCAGCCCAAAGUUGAAGAGGUUGAGGAGCAGCUUUUUGUCUCUUUCACAUCAAAGGAGGCCCUAAAACUCCACACUGCUGAGUCAUCUGAAGAGCUGCUCCCUGACCCUCAGCUGACCUCUGACCCCAAACCUGAUGAAGAGGCAGAUGACAGGAGCAGCAGCAGCAGUAGGGAGAGUCUGGAGGAGACAAUCGCAGUUCAUGAGGAAAAUCUUCUUCGAGACUUAAAGCUUAUGAAACACAGGCAGGUCAUCCACCCUGUGCUGCAGGAAGUUGGUCUUAAGAUGACCCUCCUGGAUCCGGCACUGUCCAUUGACCUGCAGUACCUGGGAGUCUCUCUUCCCAUCCCCCUUCCUGGAGUCGUUACGGAGCCACUGACCCAGACGACCCCAACCUCUCAGGGGGUUUUUGCUUCAUUUCAGUCCAGAACUGGAAAAACUACAGAUUUGACCCAGAUUAAAGGCUGGAAAGAGAAGUUUACCUCGUCAGAAGUCGAAUCAACCUCUGCUCCAAAACCUGAAGCUGGCCCCAGUGCCGACCUCCCAAAGAAGAACCUGUCUGCGUUCUGCAGCGACAUGCUGGACGAGUAUCUGGAGUCGGAGGGGAAGCUGAUCGAUGAGCGCGCCUCCAGUUUCUCCCAGCCGCCAGCCGAGGCGCCGUCCUACCGGCUCCCUGUGAGCAGCACCAGCUAUGUCCGGACUCUGGACCACAUCCUGAAGAAGCCCUCAGCCAGCUCGCCAGCCUCGGACAUUAUAUCCGGGUUCAUCCCGCCUUCGAAGAGAUCGCGACUCAAAGAGAGCGCGGCCUGCCGGAGGGCAGAGAGGAAACCCAGAGGUCCCAAACCGAACAGAAUCAAAGCUGCUUGUGCUGCUUCGGACUUUCCAGCAGCUGUACAGUUGCAGUACUCCGUGCCUGGUUCUCUGACCUCAGAACCUCUGAACGGACCCGCUUUUACAAAGAGAAGGAGGCUGAAACCCAGAGCGUCCUCUCAGACCCUCAGUAUGUCCACGGUGCUCAACAUGUCUGAGGAGAUGGCUCCGCUUGAGUCUGACUCUGAGCUCAAACCAGACUCUGUGAGGAAGCAGCCUUCUGAUCACUCUGUGGAUGGCCAGAGAAAGGAGAGCAGAGUCACGGUGACCCGGGCCUACGCCAGGCUCAAGGAGCUGGAGGACAGCGUGAUUCUGGAGGGCCGCUUCCAAACCAGCAUCACCACAGAGAGGGCCACCGUCGCUCUGAUGUCCCUCUUCACCCAAACUGGUUUUGUGAGAGAAAACCCAACAGCGCCGAUCAAGCUAAGGCAGAGACAAGCUGUGACCUGUCUGAACGAGUUCUGCAGGCUGGGAUGCGUCUGCUCCAGUUUGUCUCACUGUUCCAGGAUCAGCCACUGCGGCCGGCCGCUCUGCAUGUUCGGCUGCAGCUGCCUUAAGCAGAAGGUGGUUCUGCUCAAGAACCUGGACAGCUCUGACGCCAGCCCCUCCCCCCUGCAAUGCAAACUCAAGAAGAAGAGGAGAAGGAUGAUGAAGAUGGCCUAUGUCCUGAAAGAGGCAGAGACCGUGGCCCACCCUGCGGAGCGGGUCCGGACCCUGUGGAGGAAAAUCGCUGACUCCUCUGAUCCAGAGCCAAUCCAUGCGCCGGAUGUUGCCCCCUUUCUCCAGCCACCUACUGUCCAGGUGAGAAGGAAAUAUCGCAGCAGCUGUGCCAGAGUUCGAAGUUACAUCAGGAAGACGCAGAAACAGAAGGAGGAAGAAUCCAAAGCACUGAUGUCAUCCAGGCAUACAGCUGCAGGACAUGUCCACAAACAUGGAGAACAAGCCCCUACACAGACUAAUGUUGCCACACCCAGACCUCCUUCUGCAGCAGAUGCAGGUGAAUCACCCAGCGUUAGUCCUCCAGGUUCUUCAGAAGCACUCUGUUCCAAACCAUCCAAACGCCUCAUGAUCCUGGCCGACUGCAAGUGGGUGAACGACAGCGACCGCAGCUACGUGUUGAAGAAGCUGUGUGAGGCGAUGGCUCAGGAUCAACUGGACAGACCUUUCUGGAUCAAAAACUACCUCAUCACUCCAAUCGACGAGACGGUGGAUGAAACUAACGGAAACAGGUGCAUCGAGUAUAAGGUCCAGAUCUCAACACCCAUUCUGGACAGGAAAAAGGCACCAGCCAAAAAACCAGGGACUCGUGGAAAGAAACGAGGCAUCAAACCAGCAGCUCAACACAGACAGGACAACCGCUCUGAUUUAAUUUCAAAAAAUGACAAGGCUCCUAAAAGCUCGAAGAAUAUGAUGAAUCAGUCUUUCACAGACUCUGUGUCCGUAGAGUCUGUGGAAGACUGGCAGAAGGAGGUGAUGGAGGAGGAGCCCGUGGAGGAAUGGCAGAAGGAAAUGAUGAAGGAGGAGGAGGAAGAGCUCACGGAGGACUGCCAGAUGGAGGUGAUGGUGAAGGACAAGCCCAUGGAACCCUGGCAGAAGAAGUUAAAGGUGGAAAUGGAUCCUAUGGAGCAAUGCCAGAAAAAGGUGCUGGAGAAGAAGGAGCUUAUGAAUGACUGGCAGAAGAUGUUAAAGGUGGAAGUGGAGGCUAUGGAAGACUUUCAGAAGGAGGUGACGCCUACAAAGAACCAUCUAAACGAGGCAGAGACCAUAAAGGGGUUCCAAAAGAAGGUGGAGUCUAUAAAGGACUUCCAAAAGGAGGUGGAGUAUAUAGAUGACUGCCAGAAAGAAGGAAGGGAAGAUUAUAUGGAGAAGGAUGGAGAAGGCUUCAGACGUUAUAAAGCCAGGCUUGAGCUGAAAAGAAGCACAGAGGGAUUAAAUUCACAUAAGAAGAGGAGGACUGGCAUGUCUCUGCCUUUCCCUUUACUGGUGGGACUAUCACCUUCCGGCUUUCUCUCAGCCAAUAAGAAAAAGCCAGGAGGAUCAGAUGAUGUGAUACAGGUCAAUGGGAAGCAAUACCCUUUAGCAAAGAUCAAGUUGGGCAGGAUGGGGGCGCUUCAUCCAGCCAAUCGUCUGGCAGCUUAUCUGACAGGCAGAGUGGGGUCUACGAAGCAGCAACAAUCUUCUUCAUCGUCCGAGCCGUCUUGCAAUCUUCAGAGUAUCCCCCACGUCACAUCUUCAGCUUACUGUGUCCCACCUGCUCCUGCAGCCUCCACUGUUGCCCCAGCUGUGGUCCAGUCACAGCCGCCAGCCACUCAGCCCACUCUUGCCACCCCUCUUUCCUCCUCUCUUCCUACUCCUCUUUCCACCCCUUCUGCAGACUCUGAGCCACACAACAUGGUUAUUGGACCUCCAAAUCCACCUCAGAACUCGACCCCUCCUCAGCCGCUGCUGAUUCAGGUUCCAAAUCCUCCUAACGUGGCUGCUCCUUUGCUCCCGCCCCGGAUCACUCAGUUCCCAGCUCAAAGGAUGGUCCUGAAGCCAGUCCAGUCAUCAGCGGGUGUCCAGUAUUACCGAAAACCUGACGGAACCUUGGUCCAGCUGAUUCCCACCAGCCAGCUGAGGCCUGGCAAUCCAUCAACAACCAUCCAUGGAGGAAACUCUGAGCCACAAAACUUGGUUGGUGGACCUCCAAACCCACCUCAGAACUCGACGACACCUAAGGACCCCCAGCCGCUGCUGAUUCAGCUUCCAAAUCCUCCUAAGGUGGUUAAUUUGCUCCAGCCCCGGAUCACUCAGUUCCCAGGCCAAAGGAUGGUCCUGAAGCCAGUCCGGUCAUCAGCGGGUGUCCAGUAUUACCGAAAACCUGACGGAGCCUUGGUCCAGCUGAUUACCUCUAACCUGCCAAGGUCUGACAAUCCUCCAGCAACCGUUCACGGAGGAGGCCAUUCUGCUUCCUGCGCCCAGCUGCCUCCUGUAGCGGGGGUGAAGAGGUCGGCUCUGACCAACCUGUCCUCUUCGUCCUCUGUGGUUUUACCUUCACCGUCUCCAGGAACCUCGUCUUCCUCCUCCAACCCCUCCAUGCCACCAUCCGUUUUUCUGUCCCCGCAGAGCACCUGCACGUUUAGGAUCGUCCCCCCCCACCAGGUCAAGGACCCCAUCUUUAUCCAGCUCCCUUUCCUGCCCCCCACCCAAAUAGUGGGAUCAGAACGCGGCCUCAUACGACUCCAGGGCCCCAGCCAACCUGUGAACUACACCCCCCUGGACCCCCCAAUGUGUGAAAAAAAGGACACUCCAGUUGAGCGCCACGGCGAUUCACCACAAACCCUGCUGACCGUCCAGACUGCCGCUCACAGGGGGCCCUCACCUCCGGCGCGGUCCCCCCUGUCCGAGUCCACCCCGGACUGUCACGGCCCUAAAGAGGAGUUUGCCUUUGACCCCAUGGACCUGAACGUCGUGUUUGUGGACGAAGUGGUGGACUUGGUGUCCAGCAGCGAGACAGAGGACUCGUCCGACUUCAGGGAGUCUGACAGUGAGGACGAGAAGAAUCAGAAUGCAAAGCGCUGUAAAGGAGACCUGAAGAAGAAGAAGAAAAAGCGGCUGAGAAGUCGUGAUGAAAACCAGUCAGUUCUGCCUCCAUCAGCAGUGGGUCAGGCUGCAGCUGCCAGGAUGGAGGUCCAGGGUCUGAUUUACGUCUCAUCUGAGGAGGAAAGCCCCAAGAGGAAAACGAUCACUAAUGGCGCUGCUGCAGCUGCAGCUGGUGAGCUAACAGGUGAUGGCCAGCUGGGAACCGGUCAGCAGGAGGCUUGGAGCAGUACUUUGGAAAACCUGGAGGGGAACAGUGGAUGUGGAGCGGCUCAGCAGCAGAUAGAGAUGGCCAUUAAUUCAGACUUGGAAGCUGAAGUGGACUCCGGAAAUUCUCAAAGGACCCAGAUUAACGUUCAGCACCACAAAUCCAAUGCAAGUUGCAGAAAGCAUCGAGCCCAGAUGAAGCAGACGUUCCUCCAGUUGAGGAGGGAAGUGUUACCAGCUGAUGACAGCAUGUCCAGAACCUCCCUGCUGGAAAAGGCCGUACAGGUGAUCCAGGAGCUGAGGAGCUGUGAGGAAGACCUGAAGAGGAAGAAAAGGAGCCUGGUGCGGAGACGGGAUGAGUUCCUGUCCAUUCUGGCUCCCUCAGCAGGUGAUGGCCAGCUGGGAACCGGUCUGGAUUGGAGCGGAAGUUUGGAAAACCUGGAGGGGAACAGUGGAUGUGGAGCGGCUCAGCAGCAGAUAGAGAAGAUAGAGAUGACCACGAAUUCAGACCUGGAAGCUGAAGUGGACUCUCCAAUCUCUCCAGGAACCGAGCAGCUUGGUCAGGCUCCUCAGGAGGUCCAGAAGCUUCCAACAGAGGCGGAGAGCCUGUUGUCCAAUCAAAGCUUGAAGAAGGGAGAUGAUAAAGACGCACACACUGAGGACGACUGCAGCACACCAGGGACGGAGACGCUGCAGCACCUGCUGACCAAUCAAAAGCAGCCUGAGAUGGAGAGGAGGCAACAAACAACCAAUGACGUCUCAGUGGAGGACGUCCUCUGUGUAGCCAUCCCUACAGGAGACGCUGGCCCCCUGCAGGCCCCGCCCGCAGCCAUCCAGCUGAAGCCUCUCCGUCAGCCUGUCUUGCAUGUGUCCGACGGCGCGCCGGCUCCUCCAGACACCAAACGGAUAAAGACCGUUCCAAACAUUCUGUCUCGCAGCAGGAACCGAGACCUGCCUCAGAAAACGUCAGCUGAGAAGACACCACCCAUGGAUAAAGUGCUGUUUGCCGCUCCUCCAGGAAGUACACCGCACCGAACCCAGGAGCUUCAGCCGCUGCUGGCUGCAGCUCCGCCUGCGUUUCUGCUGGUGUCUGCCGAACCCAGCCAGAUGGGAGUCCCCCUCCCCAGGCUGGCCCUGCCCCCUCAGGCUCUGGCCCUGCCUCCUCAGGGUCCAGCUCCGCCCCCUCAUGCUCUGGUCCCGCCCCCUGGUCUUCCUUACCCUCCCUUAGACGUCGGACAAUCUGAUCCUGCUGGACUGAUGGCCCGACAGGACUCGGACAAUGAGAGCCUGUCGUCCCUCCUUAACGAAAUUGUUUUUCUUAACCAGCAGACUGUUGCCACGGCUACUACAGCAGUGAUUGAUCCUUCGAUGGCGGGCAGAUCCGAGGAACAGAAGCAUGCCUCCGAGCACCCAGGGCCAAUUUUAGGGAACGCUAAUGAAGGUGUGCUGGCCCCACCCCCUCUGCUGCACAUGAAGGUGGGAGGAGCCAAAGAGGCGGGACUAGGCAGUAAUAACGAAGCAACAGUGGGAGGGGCUGGGACCGCGGGCGUGGCCUGGAGGCCCAUGCCUAGGCUGGUUCCUCUGGGGCUGAGGGGAAACUCCCCCAGCUGACUUCACGUCACCUGAGCAGCGACCGGGAAUGACUAGAAAUGGAUUUUCUUUCUACUCCCGAAGCCGAAUCAGAUGGAUUUAUUCAACACGGCUCUGAUUUUUCUGUUUGAUCUCUCACAAUCGCCGAGUUCUGCGGCAAAGCUGCAACUUUUCUGCUUUAGACUUUGUGGACUGAGAUGACGUCAGCCGCCUUGGAGCAGAGCAGAGAAGAGCUGAUCUGCUGAUCUCCACACAUUUUGGUUUUCAUCCUUCGAUAGACAGAGAAAUCCACAUGAACUAUUCAACAACCUUUCAUCGUGCAGAUGUUGCCACCCAAGAAAGUCUCAGCAUAACCAGGCGCAGCAACCUUUGUUAACAGAAUGAAAGGUGUUAAAGGAAAAAGAUGGAUGCUUCAAAAUCAGACAGCAGAAACCUGGACUGGUUCAGAAUCAUCAGACUCUCAUUAAAAGAAAAACUCAAACCAAGUUAUGAAUAACUCCCACUCCAUAGUUACAAUAUCUGAGAGAAUAUAAGUUAAUUUCCCUUAAAGAAUAUCUUUUUUUUCUUUUUUUUUCUCCUAAAUUUUGACUCGAUAAAGUUUGGUGUAAAAUAAUAAAAAUUCCACUUUCUCCUAAA